AAUAGGACAGCAUAUAUUUCAUUUGAUCGGUAACAAUGUUAACUCGUGGGUGUUGUAUCAGAUAUAUACCGAGCCGGCUGUAUGCGGACUACCUUAAGGGUCUACCAAGGGUCGGGGUGUCACGGUUCGGAAAGAAGAAAAUCACGCCAUCUGUAGAGAUAGUGGCACCUGAGAAGAAUGAGAAGAACUUAAAGAAACCUUCACCACCAGCUCGUUUGAGCGGGUCUAAGUUUGGUGGAGGUAUAAAUAAAGGUAGUGCAUCUUCUUCAACUGGGAAUAGAUUUGCUGAUAUGUUUUCCAAUGGUGGUAAUAAGAAAUCUCAAGAAGGUCGUAACAAUCGAUCAAGCACUCAAGGUCGUGAUACCACUGGUAAUGUGACCAAUAGUAAACCUACAUCUACUACUGCCACCACCAAAUCCAAUACUAAUAACGCUAACAAUAAGAAUAAGGCACCUUCUGGAAGAUCUAACGAGAAAAUUAAUAAAAAGAAUGACACUAAGUCAUCCAAGACUGACCACAAAAAGGCGCAAGUUAGUGCUCCCAGAGCACCUAUACCCAUUACAAUCCCAACUUUUGUUACCGUUUCAAAUCUUGCCACCAUCAUGAACGUUUACCUUAACGAUCUUCUUCUCAAGCUCAAAGAGUUGGGAUUUGAAGAUCUUCGUCACAAUUAUAUUCUUGAUAAAGAAACUGCCACUCUUAUUGCAGAUGAAUAUAACUUUGAAGUCACCAUGAAUGAUGAUCUUGGGGCAGAUCUUUUCCCUGUACCAGUUGUUACAGAAAAGCUCAAACCUAGAGCUCCAAUUGUUACGAUUAUGGGCCAUGUUGACCAUGGGAAGACCACUAUUUUGGAUUAUCUUCGUAAAUCAUCCAUUGUAGCGAAGGAACAUGGUGGUAUUACCCAACACAUUGGUGCGUUUUCCGUUAUUACUCCCUUGAGUAAGAAGAAAAUUACAUUUUUGGAUACUCCAGGACAUGCAGCAUUCCUUAAGAUGCGUGAAAGAGGUGCUAAUAUUACAGAUAUUGUGAUUUUAGUGGUUGCUGCCGAUGAUUCAGUUAUGCCUCAAACCAUCGAGGCAAUUAAACAUGCCCAGAAAUCUGGUGUUCCUAUUAUUGUCGCGGUGAACAAGUGUGAUAAACCUACAGCCAAUCCAGAUAAAGUAAUUGCUGAUGUUUCCACUCAUGGAAUAGAAGUGGAAGAUUACGGUGGAGAUACACAAACUGUAAGAAUUCUGGGUAAGACAGGUCUUAACAUGGACAAACUUGAAGAAGCUGUGAUUACCUUGAGUGAAAUGAUUGAAUUACAAGCUGAAGAACAAGGCGUUCCAAGUGAAGGAUGGGUGAUUGAAUCACAAGUUCAAAAGGGACUUGGGAAUACUGCCACCGUUCUUGUCACCAGAGGAACUCUUAAGACUGGUAGUUUCAUUGUUGCUGGAACCACCUAUUGUAAAAUCCGUGGUAUGAAGGAUGAACUGGGUAAACCUGUCAAACAAGCGGGUCCUGCCACCCCUGUCACUAUUUGGGGUUGGAAAGAACUUCCUGGUGCUGGUGAUGAAGUCAUCCAAGCCACCACUGAACAAUUUGCAAAGAAAGUUUGUGAUAACCGAAUGGCCAGAGCAAAGCAAAUCCAAGCUCUGAAAGAUAUUGAUCAUAUCAACGCCAAGAGAAAGGAAGAAGUUGAAAUUAUGAAGAAGCAAGAGAAACUUAACGAAAUGAAACUUGCAGGAUUAACUGAAAAGGAAAUACAAGAGGAAUUGGAUGAAGAAGAGGAAGGUUCCAAAAAGACUUGUGUUGUUAAUUUUAUUAUCAAAGCAGAUGUUUAUGGGUCAGCUGAAGCCAUUAAAGAAAGUAUCGAUGGUCUUGGAAAUGAUGAAGUAAAAGCUACAGUUAUUUUUGAAGAAGCUGGACCACCAACUGAAUCUGAUUUAGAUAGAGCUGAAGCUGCAAAUGCCCACAUUCUUUGUUUCAAUACUAAAGUUCCAAAAGAUAUUCAAAGUAAAGCCAGCAAGAAAAAAUUAGAAAUCAUGGAACAUAAUGUGAUCUACCAUCUCAUUGAAGAUGUAACCAAGAUUCUUACAAGUAAGCUUACUCCAUUAGUGGAGAAUAAGAUUUUAGCUGAAAUUUCUCUUCGUGAUAUCUUUACCAUCACUGGGAAGAACAAGAGUAAGUAUAAGAUUGCAGGUUGUAAGGUGAACACUGGGUUGGUCAAGAGACAAUCUCAAGUGAUGGUCGAACGUGAAGGAGAAUGUAUUUUCAAGGGUAAGCUUUCUUCUUUGAAGCACAUGAAGGAUGAUGUAUCAGAGGUGAAAAAAGGUACUGAGUGUGGAUUGUCAUUUGAAGGAUGGGAAGACUUCCAAGGAGGUGAUGUGGUCAAGGUAUACGAAGAGAUUGUUCAUCAAAGAUACUUGUAGGAAAUUGAACAUAUUUAAGAAUGGCUUUCUUUGAUAGUCCUGAAUAUUUUUGCACCCAAUCAGAUUUUGAUAGAACGCUUUGUAUCCUUAAUGGAUAAAACUUUCUCAAGAAACAAAUAGAUAUGAGAAUAAAAAGAAAUGAGGUGGACCACCCUCUAAUAGAGUACUUGAUAU